AUGCCCGCAGCUACUGUGGAUCACAGCCAAAGAAUAUGUGAGGUUUGGGCCAACAAUCUGGAGGAGGAGCUGAAGAGAAUUAGACAUGUCAUACGAAAAUUCAACUAUAUCGCCAUGGACACAGAGUUUCCAGGUGUAGUAGCAAGACCUAUCGGAGAAUUCCGAAGCAAUGCUGAUUAUCAGUACCAGUUAAUGCGCUGCAAUGUGGAUUUGCUGAAGAUAAUCCAGCUGGGUCUCACCUUUAUGAAUGAGCAAGGGGAAUAUCCUCCUGGAACAUCAACAUGGCAGUUUAAUUUUAAGUUUAACCUAACAGAGGAUAUGUAUGCACAGGACUCGAUUGAGCUCCUGACAACUGCAGGGAUUCAAUUCAAGAAGCUUGAGGAUGAAGGCAUCGAGGCAUUGUACUUUGCAGAGCUGUUGAUGACAUCAGGAGUGGUACUGUGUGAUGGGAUCAAGUGGCUGUCAUUUCACAGUGGAUAUGACUUUGGAUACCUCAUCAAGGUUCUCUCCAAUGCCAAGCUGCCUGAGGAAGAGAUCGAUUUCUUUGAGCUUGUCCGCUUGUACUUCCCAGUCAUUUACGAUGUCAAGUAUCUCAUGAAGAGCUGCAAAAUCCUCAAGGGUGGACUACAGGAAGUAGCUGAGCAACUGGAGCUCGAGAGGAUCGGACCACAGCAUCAAGCGGGCUCUGACUCUUUGCUCACAGGCAUGGCUUUCUUCAAGAUGAGGGAGAUGUUCUUUGAGGAUCAUAUUGAUGAUGCAAAGUACUGUGGCCAUCUGUACGGGCUUGGUUCCGGAUCCGCCUACGCCCAGAACGGAACGGGGAACGCUUAUGAAGAAGAAGCUAACAAGCAGCAGUCUUGA